AUGGAUUCGGACGACGACUUCAUGUCCGCUGUCUCUAGCGAGGAUGACGUCCUCCAAGAUGACAGUGACAAUGACAUGUCGGGAGCCGAAGACUUCGAUUUCGACGAUGAACCCGAUCCAGAUCUCGGUUUGCAGAAAGACUUCACCCAAAAGAAAAGAGUUGCUUACGACAUCAACUACAAAGUCUACCAACCUGCGGAUAUCCAGAAACAGCAAGACGAUCUGAUCAGCGAGGUCAACAUGAUCUUAGACAUUCGAAAGGAGGACGCCGCCAUACUGCUUCGCCAUUUCCGCUGGAACAAGGAGCGUCUGAUCGAGAACUACAUGGAUAGACCAAGAUAUGUUCUAGAAGUAGCCGGACUUGGUUCCAGUUCUUCCGAGUUGGCCCACCUUGAGGCGAUUCCGGGCUUCGUUUGUGACAUCUGUUGCGAGGACGAGGAGGGACUUCAGUCAUUUGCCAUGAAGUGUGGCCAUAGAUAUUGUGUCAAUUGCUAUCGGCAUUAUCUUACGCAGAAGAUCCGCGAGGAGGGCGAGGCGGCACGCAUUCAGUGCCCCUCCGACGGGUGCCCACGCAUCAUCGAUGCUCGUUCUUUAGAUCUUCUUGUUACGCCUGCACUCGCGGAGCGCUAUCAUCAGCUGCUGAACCGGACGUACGUUGAGGAUAAGGAUACGCUCAAGUGGUGUCCCGCUCCAGACUGUGAGAAUGCCGUCGAAUGCGCCGUCAAGAAGAAGGAUCUAGAUCGGGUCGUCCCUACAGUUGCAUGUGCCUGUGGCCACCGGUUCUGUUUCGGCUGUAUCCUCAAUGAUCAUCAGCCCGCACCGUGCGAGCUGGUCAAGCGAUGGUUGAAGAAGUGCGCAGAUGACAGCGAGACUGCAAAUUGGAUCUCCGCAAACACCAAGGAGUGUCCCAAGUGCAAUUCCACAAUCGAGAAGAAUGGCGGCUGCAACCAUAUGACGUGCCGCAAGUGCAAGCAUGAGUUUUGCUGGAUGUGCAUGGGGUUGUGGUCUGAGCACGGGACAAGUUGGUACAAUUGCAACAGAUUUGAGGAGAAGAGCGGCACCGAAGCCCGGGAUGCUCAGGCCCGUUCUCGCGUGUCUCUGGAGAGAUAUCUGCAUUACUACAAUAGAUACGCGAAUCACGAGCAGUCUGCUCGCCUCGACAAGGAUAUAUACCAGAAAACAGAGAAGAAGAUGGUACAGCUGCAGACCGCUUCCGGAAUGUCAUGGAUUGAGGUUCAAUACCUUAAUUCGGCAUCUCAGGCCCUCCAGACCUGUCGUCAGACGCUAAAGUGGACAUAUGCAUUCGCAUUUUAUCUUGCCCGCAACAACUUGACUGAAAUCUUCGAGGACAACCAGAAGGAUCUGGAGAUGGCCGUCGAGGCCUUGUCGGAGAUGUUCGAGAAGCCCAUCCCGGAGCUCUCGGAUCCAAAGUUGAAGGUUGAGAUCAUGGACAAGACCUCGUACUGCAAUAAGAGACGGAUAGUUCUCCUCGAGGACACGGCCGAGAACCUUGCCAACGGACGUUGGACGUUCAAUGUGGACCUGCACAACCCGGGCUCCACAGCAGGCGCGAGUGCUCGUUAG